AUGGCCGAAAACUCUUAUGCCCGCCAAGGGCCUCGCCUGCGCGCUCAGGAGUUUGAAUCUGCGGCCGCGGCCCGCCGUGCUCGCAAGCGCGAACAAGACAAGCUCAGCCAGCGACUCGCAAGAGAGCGGACCAAGAAUCGCAUCGCACAUCUCGAAAGCGUGAUUGCAGAUCUGCAGCAGAAAAAUUCUAAUGACAAGUUCAUGAAUAUCUGGAGGGAGCGCGAUCAGCUGCUUGCAGACCGAAAGACCCUAGAGCAGACGUUGAACACCAUCGAGAAGGCUCUCCAGGUUCGAAAAGAAGGGCCCAAAACAGGCUUAGGGGCAGUUCGCGAGGGAAUGGGAGCACCCGAUCCUUCGUUGCCGCGGUCACUCGAGGAAUACAUCCACAUUGUGCCAGCCUCUGAGCGGGUUCGGACAGAUGGGUCAGAGGUCCGAAAGUUUCAUGACAAACUUGGCGAUGCUCCUCUCUCAAGGUCAGAAAUGCACAAGGAGUCUCACCAUGACCAGGAUUCACACAUUUCAUCUUCGUCACCAGCGUCGCAGACAAUGAAUCUCGUCCCACCGACUCUCGCGACACCGCCUUCGUGGGAGCACGGACAGGCAUCUAAGCAUAAGGACCCAAUCAUCCCUUUCAUGGCGGGAGACAUCUGUGACUGCUCUUCUGCCUCUAUAUUAUCAGCUCCGCAGGCGCAGCCCCUCAACCUCUGGAGGUUCGCCAAUGAGGUGCUGAGUGAACAAGUCGAAUACUGUCACCAAGCUAACCGCAGAGACCACGAGCUCGAGCACGAUAUACCCGUCCGAGCCGUUUUGCAAGGAUGGGAUGCGGCUCAGCGGCGUGCAGGCGGCCACUUACCUGCGUCGUGGCAGAAACUACGUCGUAUCGACGAAACUCUGUUCUCUUCAUGUGGAAAGCCUGAGAGGCUGGCAAUUUUGAGGAUUAUGCAUUCACUUCAUCAGUACCACCAGAUACAGACCUCCGAAAGACAAGCGUUAGUUCCUCAAUGGUAUCUCGCGAGGCCGUCACAAAGUGUCGCUCAUUCAUACGCCAUUGACUAUUUUGCGUGGUGCGUACUCUCGCAAAUACUCUCGCAACAGCGAAUGACCUCAAGUGAAGUGCUAAUUCAGUCUUCGUCCUUCCAUCACAGGCCCGGUCUUCGUGAGCGAUUUGUUUUUCAUCAGCACAAGUAUUGCUCCAACCGGUUCUGGAGCCGUUUUUGCUCCGAUCUUCACAUCCUAUGGCCUUUUGAAUUUCGAGAUUGUUACACUUGUAACACUGCCACCGGGGAGUACAAAGUAUCAUAUGCAUUUGACCAGAGAAUUAGGGAUAUCAGGAGUUGGACCAUGUCUGCAGAUAUGUUCCUGGUCUGGCCCGAAUUCCUUUCAGACAUACCCGUUUAUAACUCUCUCCUGCCUUCGAUUUCAACCUCGCCAUCAGAUCAAGCAGUAUUUCCCGGACACUAUUGGGACUCUGCGACCGCUGGGAUGUUCGAUCCCACGGAUCAAAGCGGUGACACAGAUGCUGUUCACGGUGAUCUCAUUGAGCUGAACCAUCUGCAGGAUCAGUCUCUUCUGACACCAGAUCGUCCCCUGGCUCUUUGUCUUGACGAGAGUGAUGUUGUCACCUUCUAA